AUGCUUAGAUAUUGCUUUAUUAGCGAAUGGCUGGAUCCAUCGUCUGGCGUCCUCUGGAAGUAUCAGCUGUUUUGGUACCCGGAAACAAAGGAAGUCGAGAUGGUGGAUAUUAAGAACCGGCGGCAUUUCCUUAAGCGCACAAAGUAUGAGGAGCUUAGGUCGUCGCUGCUGUACAUUGGCAGCAUGGUCACUAUAUUUGGCAGGCAGUUGAAACUAACAGAGUAUGGCGACGACUUCACCCGCAACUCCAUUGAGAGCCAGACGGAAAGGACCCUGGCCAUGAUUAAGCCUGACGCGUACAAACACAUGGGCAAGAUUAUAGACGCAAUCUGCCAGAGCGGCUUCCUAAUCAGCAAGCUGCGUGUGGCCAAGCUGUCCAAGGAGGAGGCGGAGGCCUUUUACGCGGUGCACCGGGGGAAGCCUUUUUACGAGCGGCUCACCGACUUCAUGUCCAGCGGCCGCAUCUGCGCGAUGGAGCUUGUGGCCCCGGGGGCCAUCCGCAAGUGGCGCGAGCUGCUGGGGCCGACGGACAGCAACCAGGCUCGCGCCGAGGCGCCCUCCUCCAUACGCGCCCAAUUCGGGACCGACAAGUCGUACAAUGCCUGCCACGGCUCCGACGCGCCGGAGACGGCGGCUGAGGAGUGUGCGUUCUUCUUCGGGCGGGAUCGCUACCCGGGCAAGUGCGAUGUGGCCCGCAACACGACUCUGUGCCUGGUGAAGCCGCACGUGGUGGCGGAUGGCGGCGCGGGGCUGGUGGUGGACAUGAUCCAGGACGUGUUUGACAUCACCGCGGCGCAGCUGUUCACGCUGGACCGUAACGCUGCGGCGGAGUUCUACGAGGUGUACAAGGGCGUGCUGAACGCCGGCGAGUUCAACGCCAUGGUGGACCACCUCACCAGCGGGCCGGUGCUGGCGCUGGAGGUGGCGGACCGAGACGGAGCAAGCAGUGUGGAGCCAUUCCGGCAGCUGUCGGGUCCCAUGGACCCCGAACUGGCCCGUGUGCUGCGGCCGGACUCGCUGCGGGCACGCUUUGGGCUCAACACGAUCAAGAACGGCGUCCACUGCUCGGAUCUGGAGGAGGACGGCGUGCUGGAGGUCAACUACUUCUUCACGAUUCUGCCGCAAUCUUAACCAGCAGAGGGUGUGCGGACCUCCAAAGCUCGGAACAUGAAUAUGCGGUUAUGAAGGGAGCAUAAUGUGGGGCCGGGUGGGGUAGAUUAGGGAAAGUGCGACCGCUGGGGAGCCGGUGCUGUGGAGCGUGCUGGAGAGACCAAAAGGUUGGCACGUACAUAGAACGCCAGGUAUGCAUAUGUGGGUAUGGCGGUGGGUGGCAAUGGCCAUGCGGAUUGUGUGGGCUUGCGGCAAGUGCUGCCAGAAGGCCUGCAACCCUGCAUCCACCUGCCGUAUUGCUGUACAGUUCUUGCCGUCGUAUCCCAGUCCUGGGUUCGUGCACUCAGGAUUACAUCCUGUAAAGAAAGCUUUUUC